CAUGUUGUCUGAUGGCCAUGUCUAUUUUCACCAAGAUUCAGAAGAAUUGAUCGGACCGUAUAUUGGCAGUAUGCGAGCGAAUAGUGAUUAGAUGCGGAAAAAGAACGGGGGCACAUUGCUAUUUUGAACCAGCUGCAAAGUCAGGUAGUAUAAGAACAUGGUGAUUCCCUCGAAUUAUGGCGGUUUAUUUCCUCGUGCAUGACGUUAUAGACGAUGAAAUACAUGCAUACUCUUCUAAGACUAACACUCACCUUUGGCCUUGGCUUAGCGCAGCGCGAAUGGGCUGCAACGGCGAGCAGCGGAGCGAUCCAAGCAGGUCAAAUCAAAAACCUGGUCACGUUCGGCGACUCAUACACGGAUUCUUCGUACUACCCGUCUGAUGACGGGGGUUACUCCUGGCCAACUUAUGUAGCAGGAUAUGGGCCAUUCAACCUGUACGGCUUCGCGAGGUCAGGGGCAACAUGCUCCAACAACCUCACAGAUAGGCCAUUUCCUCCUCUAACAGAGUACCAACUUCCUGACUACCUUAACGCCACCCGGAACGGCACGCUUCCGGCCUCCAGCAUCCUCCCAGAUGAAACUAUAUAUGCGAUCUGGAUUGGGACGAACGAUGUCGGUGCGAACGCACUGCUGACACAGGGUGUAGGGGUGAAAAAGAGUGUGUCAAUCGUGGAAGUGAGGAAGUGUGUGGUGGAUGUAGUUCGGGUGUUGUAUGAGAAUGGUGCAAGGUAUUUCGUGGUCAUGAAUAUGAUCCCACUUAAUUUAACACCUCUGUACUCACCCAACUCCUACCCGAGCAAGUACUGGGCUGCCCCUCGCAACACAACGGAGUGGAGUGUAUUCAUGCAUGAGCUCGUCCGGGCCGGGAACGCAAUCACCGAUCUAAUGCUGCAAGCGCUCUUGCCCAGUUUAGAUGGUGCACAUAUUGCCUCCUUCGAUGCGUUUGCCCUCUUCGCUGACAUGUAUACCAACCCGAGCGCGUACCUUAACGGCACCAUCACCACCGGGAACACAACGGUUCCCGUCUACAACGUGACGGGAAGUAUCGACGCAUGCGUUCUGCAACUCAAUGAGAGCGUUACGGAUCCUGGGACAUGUACAGUCGUGGAAGGUCCGGCGAGAGAUGGGUAUUUAUGGUGGGACGAACUUCACCCCUCUGAACAGGCAGACCGGAUCGUCGCCAGGGAAAUCACAGCGGUGAUGAAAGGGCAGCAAAGCAAUUGGACGACGUGGCUGAGCUAAUCGGCGCGCGAACUAAAUAUUCGACUAGCGUGCGGUGACCAUACGAUACAGAGUAUGAAUGGCGCGGGUGGAAUGGCUCACCGUUAGGAUUGUGUUGAUACCAAUACAGGACGCUGCGGCCUGAAUCCUCUUUAACGAGCCGCAGUCUCGAGAUGCCUCGCCGGGCACUGGCGUUUCAUCAGCAGGCAGCAAAGGUUGUGAAUGUCAAGUGUCUGAAAGUAAAAUGUUGGCCGGAGAAGAUAGAUUGAUGGGUAUGCCACAGAGGUGGUAGUAGCUAGCCCGUGAGGUACCAAUUCCGAUUUAUGUAUCGACACACUUUUGUUCAGGUCCCAAGAAAAUCGGGUUCUUCGAGGGGAGGAGUCAACCUGAAGAGGGACAACUCUUUCUCGGCGUCAAUAUGUAUAUAU